UUAGAACAGCUCACAGUGUCAGCUUCCUGGAAGAUGGGGAGCAAGGGGAACCUGAAGAAGAUGUUCCUUCAGCACCACAGUUUGCUUCUUUUUCACCCUGUGCCACUUUGGGCUGUUCUGUUCUCUCAUCAAUCGUAGGUGGUUCGAGAUCAGAUCUCUCACUGCACAGUGAAAUUGCGCCAGACCACAGGUCUCAUGGAGUACUGCCUGGAGGUCAUUAAGGAAAAUGAUCCUAGUGGCUUUUUGCAGAUUUCUGACGCCCUCAUAAGGAGAGUGCACCUGACUGAGGACCAGUGGGGGAAAGGCACGCUCACUCCCAGGAUGACCACGGACUUCGACCUGAGUCUGGACAACAGCCCUCUACUGCAAUCCAUUCACCAGCUCGACUUCGUGCAGAUGAAAGCUUCCUCUCCAGUCCCAGCAACCCCCAUCCUGCAGCUGGAGGAGUGCUGUACUCACAACAACAGCGCCACGCUGUCCUGGAAACAGCCACCCCUGUCCACGGUGCCUGCCGAAGGCUACAUUCUGGAGCUGGAUGACGGCAAUGGUGGUCAGUUCCGGGAAGUGUAUGUUGGAAAGGAGACGAUGUGCACCGUGGACGGUCUUCACUUCAACAGCACAUACAACGCUCGCAUCAAGGCCUUCAACAAAACAGGAGUGAGCCAGUACAGCAAGACCCUGGUCCUCCAAACGUCUGAGGACACAGAUUCAGAAGAACAGACACUCCCUUUUCCAGUGCCUUCGGAAAGAUUGCCGCUCCGUAGAAUGAGUCCUUUCUCCUCCGCCCUUAAUCUACAACCCAGCUUUCCCGGGAGAUCCUACUUUGAUUUACGAUCCUCACCCCACCAGCUGAGCUUGCAUUCUUCUUUGCAGUCUCUCAAUGCACCGGGAUGCAGCUUUGAGCCGCAGUCUGCACCUUACUCUCAGUUAGUUGACAUUAAAAAGCUGUUGGCAGUGGCCUGGUUUGCUUUCGACCCCGGUUCGGCACACGCUGACAUCAUCUUCUCCAACGACAACCUGACUGUGACCUGCAGCAGCUACGAUGACCGGGUGGUGCUGGGGAAGACCGGCUUCUCCAAGGGCGUCCACUACUGGGAGCUAACCGUGGAUCGCUACGAAAACCACCCUGACCCUGCCUUCGGCGUGGCUCGCAUCGACGUGAUGAAGGAUGUGAUGUUAGGGAAGGACGACAAAGCUUGGGCAAUGUAUGUGGACAAUAACCGGAGCUGGUUCAUGCACAACAACUCGCACACCAACAGAACCGAGGGAGGGAUCACCAAGGGGGCCACAAUCGGGGUCCUCCUCGACUUGAACAGGAAAACCUUGACCUUUUUUAUCAACGACGAACAGCAGGGUCCCAUAGCCUUCGAGAACGUGGAAGGCCUGUUCUUCCCGGCGGUGAGCCUGAACAGGAAUGUGCAGAUGGGGUUUUCUGGGAGGCUGAAAUCUAAUCUCUCAGAGUUCAGCCUCUUCAUUGGAAGAAAGGAACCCAUAAAUUGUCAUAGACGUCACGCUUCACACCGGGCUCCCGGUCCCUGACUUCUACUCCAGCAGAGCAUCAAUAGCCUAAGGAUGGGCUGUGGAGGCGCCAGCUGCCCGUCCUUACCUCCAUCCUUACCUCCGCCUGAGAGAGCGAGAGCAGGAGCUCUGCCAGCAUGUGGUGGGAUGCCGGAGAGCUGGAAGCAGAGGGGGAGGAGGAGAGAAAAGCUGGUCCCCACGUGCUCACACCCCACAGCGCUGCUCCGCCCCUUCCUUUCCAGCCUCUCUCCUGUUCUGAUGCCUGCGUUCACUUCUGCGUCCAGUCCAGCAACUCUAACCAACAAAGGACCUAGACCGCCCACCCUGUCACUUAGUUUCCACUCCCAGAUUUUGCUUUUAUUUUACAUAAGUUUUUUUAUGUAGAUGAGUUAUAUUUUGUUUCUUUUCUGAUCAUGUUAUUAGUGACUUACUGAACUGUUACUGCCAAGAGAAUCUUCUCCUGAUAACCUUUUUCUUAAGCUUUCUGACAAAGAGGUCGUAGAGAGAGGUGGGGAAGAAGUAGUUGAAUUCAGAGCUUGCAGUUUACCUCCUAGAAGGUUCUUGCUGUUACCUCUCGUGCAGUGUUAGCCCUGCAUAGCUAAUCUUUGUGAGGUGGGCAGAGUGAAUGCAGCAUCGAGAAGUUUUACUAUCCAUUGACGCACAAAAAUAAUAGCCAAAUGGCUACACAAAGGUUCACCGCAGGCAGGAUCAUUAGGAGAGCUGGGUCAUUGAAUCAAACUAGAAAGUCUCUAGACAGAGGCAGACCAGGGGGUUUAUGAUUUUGUUCAUUCAUUUAACACAAGUUUUUAACUGAGAACCUACUAUGGACCAGGCACUGUUCUAGACACUGGAGACACAGUGUGAACAAACAGGUGUGCUUACCGCCCUUCUGGAGCUUACGUUCUCAUAGGAGAGCAAACCAAAAAUAAGACAAUUACAAAUUAUUAUAAGUACUACAAAGUAUAUAAACAAGGGGCAAAGAGGCUCAUUGGCAAGAUCUCUCAGUUCCCCAAGAAUGAUGCUAAAAAUCUACCAACUCUGGCCAUGGCACCAGAAACAUACCAACUCAAUGCCUUUUCAGCUAUGCUAUUUUAAUUAUGGUACCUGCUGCCAUUCAUCACAGAGCCCUCCUUUGGCAGAAAUGAUGUCAGCAUUCUUAUUUGUUAAUGCUGCAACGACACUAAGCCUUAAAUAUGAAUGUGGAAAAAAAAAAUAGUGACCAGAGAGAGAACUCAUUUUCAGUAAUGGGGGAUCUUAAUUUGCAGUCCACGGCAUCCCCAUUCUCAGGAUAAACUCACUUGUCUCCAUGUAUAUCUGUGCCUGUUACAAAUGACAAAUCCAUCCACUCUGCUGCCAUUCACAACCUAACUUUCUGGAGUAGUUCAAAUAAUGUUUGGAAGAAAAUGAAAUUGUAUGUCAUUGCUGUGACUGACAGCAGAACGAUAAUUCUUAUUACUUCUCUAUAGAGAUAGACUUACACAGUUACCCUUCAGAUUCUUUAGUUUGACAUGAAGUUUUAGAAAAUGUAGAACAUGGAAAAAAAGGUUCUGAUUAGUUGUCUAAAUACUUGCCAGUGAGCCAAGAAAUUCCGCAUGAAAAAACAAGAGUAACAGAUAAAAGAGAAGUGGUAGGAUGGGAAAGCUAACUAACUAAAAUUUUGGCAAAAAGUAAUAUAUGUAAAUAGCUAAUUAUUUCCUUUUGUGCUUUAUUCAGCUCAUCUCUAUCGGUUACAGUGUUUUUCUAGUUACAUGUACCUAAUUUAUUGAAUGGGUGCUAUCCUGUUUAUGUCCAUCUUGGUUUCUUGGCUACAGAAAAACUGUUGCAGGGCAACACUAGUUUGAUAUUUGAUUUGCUCUCCAAUGAGACUCGAUGGCUGGGCCGCUGUAGACUCAUAGUUACUCUUGUUCUUUAUUAAAUUCAUCCUGCUAAGUAGAUUUCUAGUGACUUGUAACACAUAGUUUACACAGAAUUGCCAUUGUAGAUGCAUACAGCUACUGUACUAGAAAAAUGGAUAUUUCUGGUGUGCCAAUAAAAGAUUUUUAUGGGAGAA